CGGUCAAGUUUUAUUACGCUCUGUGAUUUUUGACAUUUCCAAGCAGAAAUUUAUAAAAUUUCUGCUCAAAAUUGUGUGCAUUUGAUUCGAUUUGUUGUUUCUCCAAGUCGACAGCACACAAAUCCUCAAAGAGUUGCAUAUUAAGAGCAUUUGCAACUCGGAUUUGAACUUGUAUUAGAAUUCCACACACACAAAAAAACAAGCAAAAAUCAAUACUAGCAUUAAAUUUAUUAACAAUAAGCACUGCUGUUCUCCACAUUUGAAAGACAAGUAAAACCAGCAGCAACAUGGGAAACGUAUUUGCGAAUCUAUUCAAAGGACUCUUUGGCAAAAAGGAAAUGAGAAUAUUGAUGGUCGGUUUGGACGCCGCUGGUAAAACCACAAUUCUGUACAAACUCAAAUUAGGCGAAAUUGUUACAACGAUACCUACCAUUGGUUUCAAUGUGGAGACUGUAGAAUACAAGAAUAUUAGCUUUACAGUGUGGGAUGUGGGCGGCCAAGAUAAAAUUCGUCCAUUGUGGAGGCAUUACUUCCAGAACACACAAGGUCUUAUCUUCGUCGUUGACAGCAAUGACAGGGAGCGUAUCGGUGAGGCGAGAGAAGAAUUGAUGCGCAUGCUGGCCGAGGAUGAGCUUAGAGAUGCAGUGUUACUAAUUUUCGCCAACAAACAGGAUCUGCCAAAUGCAAUGAAUGCGGCUGAAAUCACCGAUAAGCUUGGCUUGCACUCACUCAGAAACCGCAACUGGUAUAUACAGGCGACGUGUGCAACUAGCGGCGAUGGACUUUAUGAAGGACUCGAUUGGUUGUCCAAUCAGCUGAAGAAUGCUAAUCGCUAAAAUAAACUACAACAAUAACAA